AUGUCCAAAUUUGGUGUUCUGGUCAUGGGCCCCGCUGGGGCCGGCAAGACCACUUUCAGUAACUCUCUCAUUCAACAUCUGCAAAGCACCCGCCGCAGUUGCUUCUACGUCAACCUCGACCCCGCCGCCGAGAACUUCACCUACCAACCCGAUCUCGACAUCCGGGAACUGAUCACCCUAGAAGAUGUCAUGGAGGAGCUGGGCUUGGGUCCAAACGGAGCAUUGAUUUACUGUUUCGAAUUCCUCCUCCAAAAUCUCGAGUUCCUUUCCGAAGCCCUCGACCCAUUAAGCGAAGAAUACCUCAUCAUCUUCGACAUGCCUGGUCAAAUCGAACUAUACACACACGUCCCUCUCCUCCCAUCUUUAACGCAAUUCCUCUCCCGUCAAGGUCCUCUAAAUAUCAAUCUCUGCGCCGCCUAUCUUCUCGAAAGCACCUUUGUCAUCGACAAGGCGAAAUUUUUCGCUGGCACCCUGAGCGCCAUGUCUGCUAUGCUCAUGCUCGAGAUCCCCCACGUCAAUAUCCUGAGUAAAAUGGAUCAGGUCAAGGAUAUGGUUUCGAGGCGGGAAUUCAGACGCUUUGCAAAUGUCGAUGUACAAUUAUUGCAAACUGAUGAGGAAGACCCUGCUGUUACCGCCGACCCAAUGGACAAGGAUGCGCUGAUGAGCGGUGGCUCGUUCAAGCAGCUCAACCGUGCUGUCGGCCAGUUGAUUGAUGACUUCAGCAUGGUCUCUUUCUUACAACUCGAUGUCUCCGAUGAGGAUAGUGUCUCCGGUAUUCUCAGCCACAUCGAUGAUGCCAUUCAAUACCAUGAAGCGCAAGAACCCAGGGAACCAAAGGAUGAACAAGAAGUCAACUAUGAAGAGGAGUAG